GCUUUCUUCCGCAUGAGAAGUUCUCAAAUAUCGCUCUUUGACAGCGCUUUUUUCCCGCUGCUGACGUCGAUCCACAUCACAGCCGAUGAUCGGUCCAGAUCUGUUGCGCAGUGAGCGAUUUCAACAUUUCACCAGGCAAAAUUCGCAAUGCAGCUCCGGUGUACUACAGCAGCCUAGAAGUAGGAUGUUCUAGCACAACAAGUCUUCCCGCUCGUAGUGACUGUACUGAAGGCGCGAUCCCAUGGAGGUGCACAAAAGAUGACGGUUCAUCCCUCUUGUAGUACCAGCUAGCGACAAGACAAAUCCCGAAAGGACAGCACCAGCAUGACGACUUCCAUCGCCCGGAAACUCCCGGCCGUUUUGCUCUUACUCCUGCUCGGUGGCGGGUGGGUGUUCUUGUACCAGCAGCGCGGAAGACAACUCCCCCUGGCGAUGAGUGGGGCGUACCAGAUAGGAGUGACACUACUUACGACGGUAUUACCGGAGAAAAACAUCUACACGCAGGCGAAGAUGCUAGAAACGCUCCACCGAACCCGGUACUUGACCGACGCCUUACUCGCGCCCGUGCUGGUGUGGAGCAUCUGCUGGGGCUUGCUUCUCCGGGUGCCCUUCCUCGUGCUGCUGGUGCUGCCGCUGGCGGGGUAUCACCUACUAGUGGUAUCGGAGAGAAAAAUGCAAGUUCGCUGGUGUUUGUCAUGGCGGGGUAUCACUGAGUUGUGGUUUCGUAGAGGAAGACAGUUUUACUGGGCUUAGUUUGUCAUCAUGCAGAGAACUCCAUUCCGAGCUGGAAAUGUGAAAAGAACCUGUCGUCUACUACCGCUGCUGAUUUUUCAUCUGCAUAGGCCACACUAGCGGCUUGUAUGAAAGGGUGCUCGAUUUUUUUGCGUAUUAAACUCAAUUGUGCAUGUACGACGUAGCAGCUGUGCGUCGCCAUUUUGAGUUGUUUCCGAGAUGACAGCAAUUGCAUUCCCAUUGAAAUUUUCUUUUGCAUGACUUUCAUCGCCUGGUGCAUGACUAAAAAAAAAAAUGCGUUUCGCUGUUGCAGAUACAUGAAUUCCAGACCAAAAAUCUCAAUUCGCCCUCCAUACAGCGGCGGGAACUCGGAAGCUACCCCUUCACGCCGGAGCUCGUCCUGGACGGUACGGAACCGGAAUGUUUUUUGUCAUGCAUGAGCCGCAUGUUGCACCCAAAUUGUAUUGCAUGACUCGCAAAAGUAAAUGCCAUUUCGACUACUUUUCCAAAAAACCAACCAAGGUAUUCUCUACUGGAAGCCGGCACGCGCAACCGUCCCCAUGCUGCAGUACGUGCGGGCGAUCGACAAAGGUCUCCGAGCCUGCUUACUCGCCGGUGUGGUCUUGAAGCUUGUUUUCUCAGCAAGCACAGCGAUUUCCUGGACAGCGAUUUUUCUCCUCGCGGUUCUUUGUCUAUUGCACAAGGCGGUGUUUCUCAUGCGGCGCGGCACGGACAACGAAUUUCGGUGGAUUUUUCGGGAGACGGUGUGGCUGGGAAUGGUGGCCAUGGUGAAAUUUGGGGAGGUGGAAUUAUGAAGAGAGACAUGUGACGAUCGCGCUUCAUUGAUACCCAAGAAAAACUUGCACUACUUUUUCUGCGCAUAUGAACUAAAAGCAAGUGGUUGUGCGUGCCAUUGCGUCGAAAAAUAUGGCUCUUUUCAAGAGAGCCAAAAUGAAAA